AUGCUUGACGACUUUGAUAAAGCCUGUGGAAAAAUCGGUCUUCGAUUAAAUUUCACAAAAACGUUGUUCAUGAAGAACGGAUUCGUUUCUCAUGUUCCAUUCACGCUCAACGGAACAAAUAUCUCCGAAUGCUCCAGUUAUAUCUAUCUAGUUCGGGAAAUCAAUAUGAUGAACGACCUAGCUGCAGAACUGAGCAGAGAGAAACGCGGCUUGGAGAGCAUUCAAGAGCAUCGAGGAUGUAGUGAAGAGAACAAAGAACAUCCGACUCCGUGCACACUUUUUCGACUCAACGGUACUUCUUGCCCUAACGUAUGCGUCAGAAACCUGGUCGCUGCGUAA